UGUGGACGAAGAGGCGACUUGUCGUCUGGGCUCGAGCAUCUCCACACGGAGACUGACCGGUGUCGGCCUCCUCUCCGCUGAGAGGACUUCGCGAGCGCUCGCUGGACCGCUCCCGACCCGCCUGGGAACCCCGCCCCCCGCACCGCUUCGCCAGCCGAUGGCGCGCGUGAGUUCGGAGCGAUGGGUGGAGCACAAGAUGGGCCGCAGCGGGCCGCGGCGACCCUCGUUGAUGGACAAUGCUUAUUCGACCAAACACGCACCUUUAACGCCCGGAGAAGUGGAGAUCGACCUCGAAGAGAAGAAGCCACAAGUGCAUCAGAAACAGGCGCCGUCGCCCGGAGCCGUGCGCGGCCCGUCCACGCGGGAGCGGGAGCAGCGCGCGGUGAAGUUUACGUCGGAGCCCGCAGCCGCGCUGAAGCUGAUUGACACCGAGAAGCGAGGCUGUGGCACAUGCCUGGCGCCCCUGCCCUACCGCGCACAGGAUCCGAUCGACUCGCAGAUGAUGAAUCCCUUCGCCAAGCCCUGGAGUCCGCAGGUCGGCCAGUGCAAUCCUUGCAUCGGAGUGAUCCAACAACCCAUGCAGCAGAUGCCGCAGCCCAUGCAACAACCCAUGCCACAGAUCCAACAGGGAAUGCCACAGCAGCCGAUGCUGGGACAGCCCAUGAACCAGCCCAUGGGCCAGCAGCCAAUGUAUCCACAGUCGAUGCCGCAGAUGGGGCAAAGCAUGCCACAAGGGGCCGUUCCUUGCUUCUACGCCACCCCGAUCCAAGUGGCCGCUCCUUACACCACCAUGGCGCCCUACCAGCCGCCCCAUGGGCAAGUCUCGAUGGUCAUGGUACAAAACCCUGGCUCAUCACCGGCACAGGCCGAGGUUGGGCCUGUGGGCCCCAUCGCGCCGUCGCCCUUGGCGCCCAUCGGCCCGGGCCCCAUCGCGCCCUCGCCGCCCUUGGCGCCUAUCGGCCCGGUGGGACCGCAGCACCAUGGCGCAGGGCCUCCGGUGCAUGGAACGGGGCCCGCGCAGGGCGAGCCGCCGCUGGGGUCGUCGGAGCUGCCGUCCAAGGGGUCGGCGCUCCAUGCGUUUCGGGCGUGCAAACCAUGUGCCUUCUUCUAUCAGGAAGGCUGCUCCAACAAGGAGCAGUGCGCCUUCUGCCACCUCUGCGAGCCGGGCGAGCGGAAGCGCCGCAAGAAGGAGCGCCGCAUGGCUCGGCGUGAGGCGCAGGAGGGAUGAGACGCUCAACCCGCGGGCAAGGUCUCGAUCCGUCUCAACCGAGAGGAAAACUCUCUCGGGGAGCCGCCGAAGUGAGGUCAGUGUGUUCUUUUUUUCGUUUUUGUUUUUCUAUUGUUCAGG